GAUCAUGACCUGAGCCCAAUUCAAGAGUUGGACUCUAAGGCCACCCACGUGCCCCUUCCUUUUAAAAUUUUUUGAUGUCGUAAUAAUGGUGUGGCUAAUAUCUUUGAGCAGAAAGCUCUUGUGUUCUUUUGAGAAAUUUCUUUAGUCUAAAUUCCCAGGAAUGGAAUAAAGGAUAUAAUCAUUUUAUGAUUAGUAGCCACAUUCAAGAUAUUUCUGCUAUUUUCUGAGUGUGUCCUGUCCUUAGAACCUUCCUAGCAUCAUAUUUUAAUUUCUCACUUUUGGCUUUUACUUGUUUUUAGGUGAGAGUGGCCCUCCUUUCUUCUUUGCAUUGGGUGGGCCCCUGCUGGGUCCUCACGGCUCUGCCCUGCUCGGCAGGUGGAGGAACAUGUCAGCCGCAUCCGCGAGGAGCUGGACCGUGAACGUGAGGAGCGCAACUACUUCCAGCUGGAGCGGGACAAGAUCCACACCUUCUGGGAGAUCACGCGGAGGCAGCUGGAGGAGAAGAAGGCCGAGCUGCGGAACAAAGACCGGGAGAUGGAGGAGGCUGAGGAGAGGCACCAGGUUGAGAUUAAGGUCUACAAGCAGAAGGUGAAACACCUGCUGUAUGAGCAUCAGAACAACUUGACGGAGGUGAAGGCCGAGGGCGCCGUGGUCAUGAAGCUGGCGCAGAAGGAACACCGCACACAGGAGGGCGCACUGCGCAAGGACAUGCGGGCGCUGAAGGUGGAGCUCAAGGAGCAGGAGCUGACCAACGAGGUGGUGGUGAAGAACCUGCGGCUGAAGCACACGGAGGAGAUCACCAAGAUGCGGAACGACUUUGAGAAGCAGGUGCGAGAAAUUGAGGCCAAGUAUGAUAAAAAGAUGAAGAUGCUUAGGGAGGAGCUUGACCUGCGGAGAAAGACCGAGAUCCAUGAGGUGGAGGAGAGGAAGAACAGCCAGAUCAACAUGCUGAUGCAGCGGCACGAGGAAGCGUUUACGGACAUCAAGAACUACUACAAUGACAUCACCCUCAACAACCUGGCCCUCAUCAACUCCCUCAAGGAGCAGAUGGAGGACAUGCGCAAGAAGGAGGACCACCUGGAGAAGGAGAUGAUGGAGGUGUCCGUGCAGAACAAGCGCUUGGCAGACCCCCUCCAGAAGGCUCGCGACGACAUGAACGAGAUGCAGAAGAAGCUCAGCAACUACGAGAGGGACAAGCAGAUCCUGCUUGUGAGUUUCCUCCUCAGUUCCCCUCCCUCGCACUUUCUCCUGGGCUCCGGACAGGAGAACAUCAGCAGGAUGUCUCCUGAGACCCAGAGCAGGGUUUGGCCUUCUGGGCAGGAACGGGCACACAGACCCACCCACCCGUGGGGGGACCCAGGUGCAAGGGGUUCACUCUGCAGAAGAGGUAUGUUCUGGUCCAGGGGCAGAGGUGGGAGGCGGCUUCUCCCCAGCGAGAUGCCCCCAGGGCAGGUGGCCUCUUUGUCCCCCACAGCCUGUCCCUUGCAGGUGCAGCAGGAGCGGGACGAGCUGUACAGGAAGUUUACUGCGGCCAUCCUGGAGGUGCAGCAGAAGGUGGGUUUCAAGAACCUGGUUCUGGAGCGGAAGCUGCAGGUGCUGAGUGCUUCUGUGGAGAAGAAGGAGGUGCAGUUCAGUGAGGUGCUGGCAGCCUCCAACCUGGACCCCGCGGCGCUGACCCUUGUGUCCCGCAAACUGGAGGAUGUUCUAGAAUCAAAGAACAACACUAUCAAGGACUUGCAGUAUGAGCUGGCCCGGGUCUGCAAGGCCCACAAUGACCUGCUGCGCACCUAUGAGGCGAAGCUCCUGGCCUUUGGGAUCCCUCUGGACAACGUGGGCUUCAAGCCUCUGGAGACAGCUGUGAUCGGGCAGAUGCUGGGCCAGGGCCCCGCGGGACUCGUGGGCACCCCGACGUAGUGCUUGCCCAGGACUGCUCCCUGGAUGACCUUCCCUUUCACCAAGGACAGGAACUGUUUUUUUUUUUAGAUUUGUAUCAUCUACAAAUAAAGGUUUUCUACAUUU